AUGUCUGACGGAGCAAACCAGAGCCUGGAAAUCUAUUGCGGCUCCAGCCCACCCAGGGCCGUGGAUAUUUUAAAGAAUUUGAGUGUGUCUUCUAUCAUUCUGUAUAGUGUACUCACUCUAAUGACUUUAGUUGCAAAUCUUGUGUAUUUUGAGGAAGUUAUCUACCUGUUAAGAAACGUUCCUGCCACAAACCGGAGAACAACUAUAAUGUGGGUCAGUGGAGUUUCAUCUGUGGUGGCAACUACAUCUUGUGUCGGGAUGUUCAUUCCUCUGGCAUCAAUGAUCACAGAUUUAACGACAGUAGUGUAUUUUGCAAUAGCAUUUCACAAGUUCCAAGAGAUGAUGAUAGAAGAAUUUGGUGGAGAUGAGGCCUUUUUGAAACGAUUUGAAAAUACACCAAUGACGUUUAGUACAGGACCCUGCUGUUGUUGCUGUCCAUGUUUACCAACUGCAAAGACUUCAAGGCGCUUGAUGUUCUUACUGAAAUUGGGAACAUUUCAGCUUGCCUUCUUACGGCCAGUCCUAAUGAUCUUCACAUUAGUCCUUUGGGUUAAUGGAACAUUCAUCCCAGAUGACUUUUCUUCUAGUGGACCUGCCUUAUGGAUUAAUAUUUCCCUUGGUGUGUCCACAGUGUUUGCACUGUGGUCACUUUCAAUUGUAUUUUACAAAGUCAAAGGUGAACUUAAAAAUCAGAAGAUUAUGCCCAAGUUCCUCCUUUUUAAGAUUUCAUUCAUUCUUAAUCAACUGCAAGCUUUAAUUAUCAAUAUAACAGCAUCAGCAGGUAGCAUAGCCUGUGCACCUCCGUUUUCACCUGUGGCCAGAGGAGCAUAUAUGAAUCAGCAACUUCUCAUCAUGGAAAUGUUUCUUAUCACUUUAUUAUCACAAAUCUACUACAGGAGGAAAUACAAUGGACAAGAAACAGAUGAAACGCGGCCUGCAGUAAAACCACAAAAUGGUCGAAACGAUGUUCAUGAUACCAUAACAGAAGGUGAAAGCUCAAAUGUGUAAAACAGCAAUAAAACACCUUCCUCAUGACAAGGAUUCAUGUUACAUCAUCAAUCGUUUCUCACCACUUGUUUAGCCCUUUUCCAAUCACUACCCUCUCAAUGCAAUAGCUCCAAUUUAUUUGGUUUGAUUCUCAGCGAUAUUAACAAUUGCAGGAACAACUGAGAUAUUU